AUGUGGAAGGAAAACAUCACCCAUAUUCCUGAGUUCAUCCUGGUGGGUUUCCCUACCUCCCAUUGGCUACAGGUUCUGCUCUGUCUCCUCUUCCUCAUCACCUACUUGUUUGUGCUGCUGGAGAAUUUGGUCAUCAUCUUCACUGUAUGGGUCACUGGGUCCUUGCACAAGCCCAUGUACUAUUUUCUGGGCACCAUGUCUUUUCUGGAGACCUGCUAUAUAUCUGUCACAGUCCCCAAGAUGCUGGCUGGAUUCCUACUUUGCCCCAAUACCAUCUCCUUCCUGGGAUGCAUGACCCAGCUCUAUUUCUUUAUGGCACUGUACUGUACUGAAUGUGUGCUCUUGGCUGCCAUGGCCUAUGACCGUUACGUGGCCAUAUGUUGGCCGCUUCGCUAUCCACUCAUGAUGACCACAGAGUGUUCAGCUCAGCUGACCUUCAGUUCCUGGGUGAGUGGCUUCACCGUCUCCAUGGUAAAGGCUUACUUCAUCUCCCAAGUUUCCUUCUGUGGCAAUAAUAUCAGCGAUGUGUCCCCCAUCCCCAAACUGGCCUGCAUGGACUUUUCCAUCGCUGAGAUGGUAGACUUUGUGCUUGCCAUCAUCAUCCUUGUGUUUCCUCUCUCAGCCACUGUUAUUUCUUAUGCCUUCAUUGUCUCUACCAUCCUGCUCAUUCCCUCUGCCACUGGACGGCGGAAGGCCUUCUCCACCUGUGGCUCUCACCUUACAGUGGUGGUCAUCUUCUACACAGCUGUGAUCUUCAUGUAUGUUCGACCUCGGGCCAUUGCUUCUUUCAAUUAUAACAAAUUGGUCUCAGCCAUAUAUGCAGUCUUCACUCCCAUGCUCAACCCUAUUAUCUACUGUCUGAGGAACAAGGAAGUCAAAGAUGCCAUCAGAAAAACCAUGGCAAAUGGUUGA